CCACCCCUCUAUCUGUGCUUCGCCAUUCAGACAUUGUGGUAUCGUGGUCUUAACGAUGAACAACAUACUGUACAUCGCGGGGCUGCUGGCGUCGUUGAUGCCGUUAUCAUCAGCGUUACAGUGCAUCAGUUGUGUUAAUGCUACCUGUAUCCCUCCACCCCCAAGUUGUGAGGUUGGUCAGCGACCAUGCUCUUGCUGUAUGGAAUGUAGAGUUGGGCUGGGAGGCGAAUGUGGACCAUUUUCUGUCGAAUGCGAAUCUCGUCUAGUAUGUUUGACUAACGCCGGUGCCUACAACGGCCGCCCCCCUUACUGGGCAAAUGUCGUGGGGAAAUGCAUCCUGCCCUCGGCCCUACUUCCAUCUUCUGCCACACCGUCACAGAUCACACCAUCGUUGAUCACGUUACUGAAGAAAAAUGCGGACUAGUUGGAAAAAGCCAGCUUCGAUAUUUGACCCUGUAUGAUUGUGUUGAUUGAUUAAAGGGAACAUCGCCA